UGUGCAGCCUGGGCCGCCUCGGGGUGCGCAGCCGGCUUGCGGGGUCCCCUUUUGGGGGCGGUCGCGGGGCUCGGCCCGGAGGCGCCCCCUAAGCAGGUGAACUCCUGCUUCCCCCGCGCCUGGCACCUCUGCCCAUCGCAGCGAGGAUGCCAACGAGGCGCUGGGCCCCCGGCACCCAGUGCAUCACCAAGUGCGAGCAUUCGCGCCCCAAGCCGGGGGAGCUGGCCUUCCGCAAGGGCGACGUGGUCACCAUCCUGGAGGCCUGCGAGAACAAGAGCUGGUACCGCGCCAAGCACCACGCGAGCGGACAGGAGGGGUUGCUGGCGGCGGGUGCGCUACGGGAGCGGGAAGCCCUCUCUGCGGACCCCAAGCUCAGCCUCAUGCCGUGGUUCCAUGGGAAGAUUUCGGGUCAGGAGGCCGUGCAGCAGCUGCAACCGCCCGAGGACGGACUGUUCCUGGUGCGCGAGUCCGCGCGACACCCGGGUGAUUACGUGCUGUGCGUCAGCUUCGGACGCGACGUCAUCCACUACCGCGUGCUGCACCGGGACGGGCACCUCACCAUCGACGAGGCCGUGUGCUUCUGCAACCUCAUGGACAUGGUGGAGCAUUACAGCAAGGACAAAGGACCCAUCUGUACCAAGCUUGUGAAGCCCAAGAGGAAGCAGGGGACCAAGUCUGCAGAGGAGGAGCUGGCCAAGGCUGGCUGGCUGCUGGACCUGCAGCACCUGACCCUGGGUGGGCCCAUCGGAGAAGGGGAGUUUGGAGCUGUCCUGCAGGGCGAGUAUCUGGGACAGAAGGUGGCGGUGAAGAAUAUCAAGUGCGAUGUGACAGCCCAAGCCUUCCUAGAUGAAACAGCGGUGAUGACGAAGCUGCAGCACCGGAACCUGGUGCGGCUCCUGGGCGUGAUCCUACACCAGGGCCUGUACAUUGUCAUGGAGUACGUGAGCAAGGGCAACCUGGUGAACUUCCUGCGCACGCGAGGCCGCGCCCUCGUCAAUGCCGCUCAGCUCCUGCAGUUUGCGCUGCACGUGGCCGAGGGGAUGGAGUACCUGGAAAGCAAGAAGCUGGUACACCGGGACCUUGCUGCGCGCAACAUCCUGGUGUCAGAGGACCUGGUGGCCAAGGUCAGCGACUUCGGUCUGGCCAAGGCUGAGCGCAAGGGGUUGGACGCGAGCCGGCUGCCAGUCAAGUGGACGGCACCCGAGGCACUCAAGCACGGGAAGUUCUCCAGCAAGUCAGACGUCUGGAGUUUUGGGGUGCUGUUGUGGGAAGUCUUCUCAUAUGGAAGGGCCCCGUAUCCCAAGAUGUCGCUGAAGGAGGUGUCGGAGGCGGUGGAGAAGGGAUACCGCAUGGAGCCCCCCGAGGGCUGCCCAGGCCCGGUGCAUGCGCUCAUGGGCAGCUGCUGGGAGGCGGAGCCCGCGCGCCGGCCGCCCUUCCGCAAGGUGGCGGAGAAGCUGGCGAGGGAGCUGCGCAGUGCAGGCGCUUCGGCCCCCUGCGGGGGACAGGAUGCCGACGGCUCCUCCUCGCCCCGAAGCCAGGAGCCCUGAGUCCCGCCCGGCCCCUGUGGGACCAGGGCUUUGAGGACCGAGACAGCGGGUGCAGGGCCGGCCUGCGGGGGCUCAGGGCAGCCCGUGGACGGUGCAGGCCCGGGUGGAGGGCGGUCGCCGUGGUAAAGGCUGAUUCCAAGGAGCAGCCUGUCUGCCUCUCUGUGACCCUUGCGCCUCCACCUGGGGACAACGUUCCUCAAGCGUUGGUGGCCGCUGUCUGGUGCACCAAGGGAGUGUCCUGGGUCCUCUCCAGGCAAGUCUCCACCAAAUGGCAAUUGGGUAAUAGGUACUGCGGGUCCCAGGUCCCGUCCUGCACCUAUGUGGCCCAUGCCAGACCCCCCAGCACUGCCUGUGAACCAGAACUUGCCCUUCGCCUGCUACUGUGGGGACACUGUUCUCUGGGGAACGUUUGGGGUGGGAGCCACUUGGGUUGGCCAUGGGGACCCCACAGGACAGGGUGUUCAGUGGAGGUGCUGAGUACACCGAACUCGGCCAUCUAACCACCUGUCCAUCCUUCCACCCCUCUGCCCACCCUCCCCUUGCUCAGCUGGCCCCUACUGAGCAUGUGCCAUGUGCCCAGCCCUCCUGGACGCUAGGCACCCCAGUGGUACAGCUCACAGGUGACACUUCUUGGACAAGGCCAAGUGUCCAGGGACAUAAGUGGGCCCCUGGCAGAUGGGCAUCUAGGCAUCAUUGGCCUGUGGCUCUCAGCCCCACCCAGGUGGCCUGAAGACCCAGAGAGGGAACAGGGCCGGGCCAGGACGUCCUGACUCAGUCUGUCUCUUGCUAUAAUACAGCACCAAGGCACAUGAGAUAGACAAGAAAGAGCUUGGCCCUUGUGGGUCCGGGAUCUAGAGGCCCAAAUCAAGAGCAGACACCAGCAGCUGCAUGGCAGAGAGCAGAAGCACAGGU